AUGCCCGGCGGCGGCGGCGAAGGCGAAGGCGAGCCGUGGACGGAGGAGCUCUCGUCGGAGCCCCGCGCUUCCUUGUACCACAACUUCCUCUCCAAGGAAGAAUGCAACCAUCUGAUCUCGCUGGCGAAGCCUCGCCUGCAGAAGUCGACAGUGGUCGAUGAAGAGGCCGGAGGAACGAUCAAGGAGACCAGCGGGCGGACAAGUUCAGGGAUGUUCCUGCAAAGAGGGCAGGACCAGGUUAUUCGUAGAAUCGAGAAAAGGAUAGCAGAUUACACCUCCGUACCCCUAGAGAACGGAGAGGGCCUCCAAGUUCUCCACUAUCAAGUUGGGCAGAAGUACGACCCUCACUUUGAUUACACCGAGAAUGGUUACGUGACCAAAAAUGGAGGCCCGCGUCAAGCAACUCUUCUCAUGUAUUUGUCAGAUGUCGAAGAUGGUGGCGAAACAGUGUUCCCUUCCGCGACGGCAAAGAGCGGCUCCUCGCAUGGAGGACCUGCAAAGAGGGGUGUAUCUGUCAAACCCAAGAUGGGAGACGCGCUGCUCUUCUGGAGCAUGAGGCCUGAUGGAUCCCGUGAUCCCAAAAGCCUUCAUGGUGCAAGCCCAGUGAUAAAGGGCGACAAAUGGUCAGCGACCAAGUGGAUGCACGUCCAUGAGUUCAAAGUCUAUGUCAGUGCUGCUGCUGCAUCGCCUUCGUCUGAUGCUGUCCUGCAAGAAGAUGGGCGGCGGCGACGUGGAACCCGUGCAAGGAAGCCCAACACUCGAGUGCUUGGGCCGGACUGGGAAUAGUCCAUGUAUGGGCGUGUAUGUGUGUCCAGCUGUGCCGAGUUGCGUGUGCUUUCGAGGAGAGGAAACGGGAGUGAGGAAGACAACGUGUAAACAAACGCUGAACGCAUCGUUCAAGCUGUCCUCUCUCCAUCCCCAAUUGCUUCUCUGCUUCGAUUCCCCGUUCUUCACCUCAAUCCCCCUUCCUGCUGCUUCAAGUGCCUCUG